AGAAAAACAAAAAUGGAGCUGUUGAACAUUUUGUUUUUCUGAUCUUUCGAAUACGAAGAAGAAGAAGAAGAAGAAGAAGAAGAAGAAGAAUUAGGGUUUUAUCAUUUUCCAAAUUAGGGUUUCUGAAUUCGAAAUUAGCCCUAUCUUCUACACCAUUACAAUUCACCACCAUCCCCAUCAACUCCAUCAUCAUCAAUUUCUUUUUCUGAUCACUCUAUUGAUCUCUCGCAAUGGCAGAUGGCUUCUGGAAUCGACAGCAGCAGCAUCUCCCUCCUCCCGGCGGCAUGCUCAAAAGACCCCGUACUGAAUAUGAUACGGCACCUUCUGGUGUAACCUCAGGCAAUGAGGUGCAUAAUUAUAUUGCUCAAAACAAUGGUCACCAAAUGCUAAACGACACUAAAAUACUCGGGUCUGCUUAUGACCGCUUCCUUCAGAGUGCAGGGCUUACUUCAUUUAAUUCUGGGGAGGCUAGUGUAAUUGGUGGUGUUGGAUUUGCAAGGGGUGUUGGUGAAUUGCCAGGCCAUUCUCUGGGUGAUCCUUCUGCCAUGGGGCAUCUUAGUGGUGUUGGUGGUGGCCCUGAUCUUUCACGAAAUGGGCGUGAUGUCAAUUUUGGUGGUCAGCUACCUAUAGAUGCAGUUUCCAGGCCCGGGCCUGAGACAAUACCACUACCCCGAGAUGCUUCAAGUACUUUAUAUGUUGAAGGGCUCCCAUCUGACAGCACAAAAAGAGAAGUGGCUCAUAUUUUUCGCCCUUUUGUCGGAUAUAGAGAAGUAAGACUUGUGGCCAAAGAAUCCAAACAUCGAGGUGGAGAUCCUUUAAUCCUUUGUUUUGUAGAUUUUGCAAAUCCGGCUUGUGCAGCAACUGCCUUGAGCGCCUUGCAAGGCUAUAAAGUUGAUGAAAUCAAUCCUGAGUCAAGCUACUUGCGCCUUCAGUUUUCUCGGUCUCCUGGCCGAAGAAGUGGCGGGCCUGGACCUCGCGGCAAGAGGUGAGCUGGUUCUCCUAGGGCUUUAAGGUUGUAUGCGCUUAUAGCCUAGACAGGCUAAGACCAAACUACAAUUGCAUUUGAGCAAAACUAAUAUGGACAUUUACGGGUUGGUCAUAGCCGAUUACCGUGUUGUAUAAAUAGUGAUAAUGUAAAGCAUAUGCUAAUGUAUUUGUAGUUUGUGCAUUUUGUUGCUUAAAUGAUACCAUCAUUGUAUUGAUUUUGUUUUAUAGUUUUCAAUAAUAUGGGUAAGAAUUCAAAUUGGAGUUCUGCCUAAAAUGAACUUGAGAAA